AUGUAAUUAACUCGAUAAGGACUAGUUAGAAUAAAAUACUCAUCUUAACAGAAAUUUUUUCAUGAUAAUUUUAAUAGGUAUAAUUUUGACAAAAAUACCAUUGUUGUUGAUUACAGCAAUGUUGAUAUUGAAAAAUUGAUACCUCAAUUAUUUACAAAAUAAAAUUACAAAUUUUGCACUUAUUUACACAAUAUUGACUAUCAACAUGAUAUAAUUAUUAUUAAUCCAGCAUUAGUAGAUUAAAUUAAGAUUGAUGGUUACUAAAUAGUUGAAAUUUAGACUCCAAUUUUGCCAAUUGAAUAAAGAAGAUUUUUAAAUGAUUUCAAUACUUAAGAAUAAAAAUUAUUAUUGAUACAUUAAACUGUUAUGUAAUAAAUUAAGGAGGAAAAAGAUAUUUUAAUCUAUUGUAUGGAUUCUAAUGAAAUUGAAUAUCUCAGGAUAUUAUUUGAAUAAAAUUAAAUUAAGGUAAUUGUUAAAAUUGAUAAUGAAUUUAAUCAACUUUUUGAUAAAAUUAUUUAUUAAUAAAACUAUCCAAAUACUGUAUUUUUAUUAAUGGAACCUUAAUAAUUAGACUCCUCUAAUAUCACUUUAAUAAUUCACACGAAUUAAAAAGAAAUCAUAAAAAAAAGAGAUGAUAAUAGUAUUGAAUAUUCGUAUUAAAUUUUAAGUCAAGUUGAUUUAUAAGUUCGAGAAAUCUUAAGAUCAAACAAAGAAGGAACUAUGAUUUAUUAUGCUUUUUCUGAAUAGUAAUAUUUAUAGAUACCAAUUUAAACUUAAAAAUAAACUAACGUAGAUUUAGAAAGUGAUAAUUUUUAAAAACUAUUGUAUAAUCUAAGAUAAUAAGAAAAUGUUAAACAAUUAUUAAAAUUUGGAAUUAUGAUUGCUGCCCUUUUUACAUCUGGACAAUUACUUUAUGUAAUUGAAAAACCUAACUUACAAAAAUAAUUAAAUAUCAAAGCUAGUUAAUUUUGGUCUAAACAAGGCGAUUAUCAUUCAUGGUAUAACAUAGUAAUGUAAAUCAUUAUUUUAAUAAAUUCAGAUGAAGAUGAAAAAACUUCAAAUAUUAUUAAGAAAUUUUGUCAAGAUAAUAAAAUAAAUUUAGUAAAAGCGUUAUUAAUAAUUUCAAAACUUAAAUAAUUGUCUUUUCUCUAUGAAAUCCCUGAACUUGAUUUAUUAGAUGAAUUUCAUCAAUUAAAUUUGAAAAAAUAAUCCAGUAGCAUUGAUGGUUCUUAAAUUGAUAAUGAAUAUUAAUUUGAAUAGUUAUUUCCUAUAUCAAAAGAUUUUAAAAUACACAAAAACUCCUUAUAAAAAAUAUUUAAGAUUAAUGUUCCAUAAUAUAUUCUUGGGAUUAAGGAAAAUUAAGUAUUAUACUCAAUUAUCACAGAUAACAAAUUGAGGAAAAUCUCAAUUCAAGAACAUAUUAUCUAAAAUAUAUCUACUGCAGUAAUGAAUUUAUUGUGGAAUAAUGAAGAAUCUGAAAUAUGUAAAUUAGAAUUAAAAUAUUAAUGUAUCAUUGAACCAUUCAAUAUCAACAACCUUGUCAUCUAUUCUAAUAAUAGUAAGUAAGUUGAAGAAGAUUUAGUUAGUAUCAUUUAAAAAUUAACAAUUUAAAUAAGUUAAUCCAUUAAAGAAUAUGAGUAUUAAAAUUCCAACAUUAGAUUCAUUAUUACUAAUGGAGGACUAAUUGAAAAAUGCUAUUAUUCUAAUAAUUCCAUCUUAGAAAUUUCUUAGCUUAGUUUAGAAACUAACGAAGCUGAAAUUAGAAGUUUAAUUGAACCUUACUCUUUAAUUAAUACAAUUACAUUAAUUAUAUAUAAAACAUAAUAAAUUGCCUAAAUUGAUUUAAGAGACAAAGAUGCAACCUUAGAAAUAAUAAAUGAUCUUGAUGAAACAGAAUUUUAAGGAUGCAUUAUAAAAGUUUCAUCUACUUACAUAAAAAAAGAGUAAAAUAAAAAAUUUCAUCCUUAUAUAAUUAAGCUCUCUUGGUUUAUAUACCAUUGUAAAGGUAAUGCUGAAAUAAUUUUCAUCAAUGAAAAGGCUGCAGAGGAAUUCUAUAUGCAAUAUAAUGAUACAAUUUUAGAUGGUAAAAAAAUGAUUAUGUAACUUAUUAAUGAAAUAGUGAAAAUCUCUAAUUUAUCUCGAUUUAUUACAGAAUUAGAUUUGUUUAGAUUGAGUGAAAAAAUAAAAUCUAUUAGUAUUUCUAAAUCAAUACUAUAUGAACCAAAAUUUGAUAUAUUUUCAAAAGUAGAGUAACUUUUAAUAGAGGAAAAUAAAAAUCAUCAUAUAGGAUAGACACAUUAACAUCUCUAUCGAAUAAAAAAUUAGAGAAAAGAUUAUAGAAGGAUUCUAAAAUUAGGUGUACCUUCUAUAAAUUUUGUUAAUUCUGCUUUGACUAAUUUUAAUAAUACGUUGAUAUAAUUGGGAUUAAAAUAAGUCAAAUUAUAUUGUGAAGCUUAAUAUAGACACCAAUUUAAAGUUAAAUAAACUUUUAUAAAGUUUGUGAGAAAUAAUAUUAAAUCAAUUUAAUAAAAGUUUAAUAAUUUAUUUAAAAUAGAUUAGGUAGAUAAUUUAGGUUUUGAAAUCGAAUUACAUUUAGUUUCAAAUAAUUAUUUAGUAUUUUCUAAGGUUAGAGAUACUAUAUAAAAUAUAAUAGAUGGAUAUGUAAUUAAUUUUGGAGAAUCAAAUACUAUUUUAUUUAGUGAUGUUGGAUAAUAAUUUCUUUAAGAAUUAGAAAUUUAAAAAAGUGUAAUUAUAAGCCUUGAUUAAUUUAAGAAGAUUAUCAAGGUUUAUUGUUUGGAUGAACAAUUUUAAGAGUUAUAAGAUAUUAUGAAAUAAUUUUUAGAAUCUAAUUCAACACUUACAGUUAGAUUGACACCUCAAAAAUUGAAGAAAUUAUUGGGAGAUGAUUAUUAAGGAUUAAUAUUUAUAUAAUAAAAAUUUAAACUAACAGAUGUAAUUCCUCUAAAAAAAACAAAUUAAUUAAAAUUAUCAGGAUAAGCAAAGAAUCUUGAAGAAGCAAUUUAAUAAAUAGAAGCAUAUUUAGAAUCGAAAGAUGAAAAUAUUGAAAAUAAUACUAUUAACGAAGAUAAUUUAUGUUGUUAUUGUUUAAACUAAAUGAAGUAGCCUUAUAUUUUAACAAAUUGUAAUCAUAAAUUUUGUACAGAAUGUUUAAAUUACGAUUUUUAAAAUUCAAUAAAAGAUAUAAAUUCUUUACCAAUUAGAUGUUCUCUUUGUUCUAGUUCUAUUCUAUUAGAAGAUAUAUAGAAUAUUUUAGGUUAAGCAAAAUAUGAGAAAUUGGUAGAAUUAUCAAUAAAUAAAUAUGUGAAUGAUAUGAGAGGAGUUUUGAUAUUUUGUUUUAAUCCAGGAUGUUCAAAUAUUUUGAGAAUAAAAGGAGAAAUAGUAUUCUGUGAAAAUUGUAAAAUAACUUAUUGUAUAAAAUGUAAAGUAUAAAUGCAUUAUGGAAUGACAUGUUGGGAAUAUUAAACAGGUGAUUAAAAAAUUUUGGAAGAAUUGAUGAAAAAGGAAGAUAUAAGAUUUUGUCCUGUUUGUAGAUCUUUAGCAUAAAAAAUAUCAGGAUGUAUGUCAGUAGCAUGUUCUAGUUGCAAAAAAUAUAUUUGUUGGAAGAAUCUUCCUAAUAGUGAUAAACCUUGUAUGAAAAUAUUUAUUAGUUCAAGUGAAUGUCAUACUCAUUUAACAAAUGUUCAUGGUGGAUAUUAUUGA